UUGCCCGGCUGGGUGAGAGGAGCGCAGGUUGCGGUGACGUCGUGUUGUGUGUGUGUUGAUGGUGGCGGUGGAGGUUGGGAGGAAUCUGCUGAGCCGACAUUUCGCAGGGACUCGACUCCCAUCGGCCCGGGAACAUGGUGUUAGGGGACAGGUUUUUUCUAGUGUAUUGUGACAGCUACGUAAUUCAAAAGUAAAAUAUUUUGCAAAGGUUGAAUCCUCCACAAUGGCUGGCCCCUUUUAAAGAAAAAGCAAGCAACAUGUAUUUUUGAGAAUUUUCUAUAAAUGGACACCACCGCCAUGUCAUUUAUCGAAGGAGUUGGUGAUGAAGUCACAAUUCUGUGUGGAAUAGUUCUCCUGGUACUGGCGCUUGUUCUGGCCUGGCUCUCCACACAUGUUGCUGAUCGUAGUGAUCAAAUAUUUGGGACCAUUGUUACGACAGGGAACUCAUCAUUAGUGGGUCUAAGCAGUGUAGAGAGGUAUGUGGCAAAUGCUGCAACACCCGAGGCAGAUGAAACCCAGUCAGCCACUGCACCUGUUGAGCAGAAACCAGAAGAAGAAGGCGAUUCUGGGAUGGGAGCAUCACCUGGAAAUAAUGGACCCACAAGUGAGCAGGUGCCAAUUGAAGGGGCUUCCAAUUUAACCGAUUCGAGUCUCGAUCCUCUUUUGAACAUACAGGGUUUACGCAAGAGAGCAUCAACCAGUGCAAUUAGUGCUGGAGAGGGACUGGACCGGGCAAUGCCUGAGAACUGUAACGUUCACCCUCACACAGUGGAUAGUGGUGAAGAGGGCGAAGGGCAAAUUAAAGUGCGGCUGAAGUUUUUAAAUGACACUGAAGAGGUUGCACGAGUGAAGCCAGAUGAUACUAUUGGGUUUCUGAAGAGCAAAUACUUCCCAGGGCAAGAGCAGCAAAUGAAGUUCAUUUACCAGGGCCAGCUUCUGCAGGACCAGUCCCGCACCCUUGGCUCCCUCAACAUCACAGAUAACUGUGUCAUCCACUGUCACAUUUCGCAGACUUCAUCCUCCCCUGGCCCUGCUGUUUCCUCCGUGGUGGAACAGAACCAAGCUGCCCUUAACGUUGGCAAUCUGAUGAUCCCAGUUUUUGUCAUCAUGCUUGCUGUAGUCUGGUACUACCGCAUCAAUUACCGUCAGUUCUUCACUGCACCAGCCACAGUUUCCCUGAUCUGUAGAACAGACCUGUAUUGUGCUGAAGGAGGGCAUUGGGAUAUUGGGGUUAAAAUCUGUAGCAUUUCUGAAAUGUUCUCCCUUUGUUUCGCAAUAACAGCUCAUUGAAUGUAAUUAAACACAGAAACUA